GGUACCUUUACCUUUACUUUAUUUAGCUUCGUAGCAGAACUGUCUGCAUGCCUACUUUGUCUUUUGCCCUCCAGGGCUGAAAGAAGUAUUUGUUCCUCUCCUUCUGUGGAAAGCUCCUGUAUUCUGCAUUGCAAUGGAGCAGUGCACCACCCAUUAGUUUUAGAAGCAUGGUCAAUUCUUUUUCAGUGGAUUGUGUGUAUGCAUGCUGAGGUUGCUAUGGUUACAGUUCGGCCUGCACAAGCACAGUGACGAAUGCCUCUGUUGCUACUUCGGUGUUCGAUUUCACUAGCUAUAGAAACCUGUGGGAGACGUGGUUUGCUGCUACAGUUUCCAGUAACACAACAGGGCUUCUCUUUGCUCUGCUGGAGGCUGUUUACCUUCUGCACUUGGGAGGCUGCGACCUUGCUUUUCCUACCAGGCAAAAUGGAUGAAAUUUACAAGAUCUCUUCCACUGAGAGGGUCCAGCAGGUGGAAAAGGAACUAGCUGUACAGCUGGAAGAACUAAAGACAGAAAUAGAGGGAAAUGGGGAUCUGCAGGGGACACGGUACUGCUCUGUUCCCCUCCCAAAGGAUGUUGAUUACUUCAGAAGAGAAAGGGAAUUGGCGCUGAAGAAAUGUUUACAAGUAGCAGAGGCAAAGCCUCUUGUAAUUCAGGCUGAUCUCAUGCAGAGGGAGCUAGAGAUCUGUCUAAAAAGAGAAUAUACAUUUGAAAGCUUACCUUUGUUACUGCACCAGUUUUUUACAGAGAGAAUCACGCAGCUGGUCCAAAGCAAAUAUUUACACAUGCUUAGAUGGAAGAGAUUUUGUCAGCACAGCAGUGUUAUUGAGCAAUUCUAUCCUUUGUACCAGAAACAAGUGGCUCAUAUUAUGCAGGAGUACAAUGAUGCUGUUCAAAGGGCAACAAGAUUGUCAAGUGCCCGGGAGAACUUCCUGGCAGGAAAGGAAAAUCCUACAAAUUUAGUGACCCAAGAAGACCUGGCUAUUUACACACAGUGGCUAGUAUGUCACCUGCACUCACUUAAGACCACCCAUAACUACCUUCAGGUACUCCAGUACUUGCCUGUCUCUCAUAGAAUGGAGAUUAACAGACAUCCUGUCUGGGGUGAUGGUGAUAAAUUCAAAGCUCUUGGCAAAACUGUAUAUUUGUCUCCCAGUAUCCAGCUCUCUAUUCACCCUGACACAUCAGCAACAGAUGUUUAUUCUUGCCCUCUUAUAGGAUUCCAAGCCACACUUCCCCAACAUACUGCAGAAAUUGAGGAACUAAAGCCUCAACUCAGACUUUUACUUUCUAAAUUUCGUAUCAACUAUGAUGUGGAAGACCUGAAGCAUUCUGCUGAUGAGAUGGAACUUUUUUCUAUGGUCAUGCAUGAGUUUAGAAGCAUUUUCAGUAAACAACAGACAAUGAGAACAUUUCCUGUUUAUGAUGCUGGAACUCCUGGAUCGGAAACCUGGGGUAUCAGAGACCCCAACAUGGCUUUGAAAAAGAGAGCCAACUGGAUUCCUUUCAUAAAGAUUAAAUCUAACCAAGAUCCAUGGCAGCAAAAAAUGUUCAGGAAACUGGAGCAUCGGAAGGUUGAUGAACUGCUGCAGAUUCAGUCAAAAUUUUUAGAGGUUUCCAAUCCAGAACAGGUGAUGGAGGUUCUUCAGGAGCAAGCAUCUGCAGUGCUAGAGCCAAGAUCAAUGACAUCAGCUUUUAGUACUUUUACACCUUCUUUUAAUUCACAACAAUAUGAUCAAAUCUGGAACAAGAUUUACCACAACUCCAGAUUCCAUCAGGAGCAAACCAGUGAUGAUGUUGAUAAUCCUACCAUGGCAACUGGUGAGAAGGAUAUGGGACAUUCCAACUUUAACAAGACCUCCACUUUUUCAAGAAAGAAAAAAGACACAAGUUACACAACGACCUUGCAGCUGCUGGGGUUAGAUGAGGACAUGGAGGCCGACAGCAAGGGGCUUCCCAUGAGGAAAGGAGCCUACUUAUCUCUCCUCCUUUUGCGUCACUUGCAAAUCCGAGAGCUGCAGAGGAUUUGUUUGGGCAUCCUCAACUACUUCAGAUCUGUUGAAAGAACCCUAACCAUCAGCACCUCGGGUCUUGCCUUGAGUGCCGGCCAUCUGGUCUCCACUGCUGAAGAUUCCUGUUGGGUAAAUGCAGCCAAAGGGGGCAGAGGUGCCUAUGGUGGUCUUGGUUCACACCCCUAUGUGCAUUACACACCAGCUGACUAUAAGGUUCACAGUGUGCAGUUUAUGGAGUUUGCAGAGGUAGAAAACCAUGAUGAUUUUUACACCACAGAGGACAUGUAUGUUCACACCCAGGAUCAGCGAGGGGCUUUUGUGAUGUACGAUGUAGCCCUCCAGGACCUGAAAGAGCUAGAAAAGCAGCUUUUGCUUGUGGCAACCCAGUACAUUGAGGCAGGGAAAGGUCACAAAGCACACCGUGAUUCCAGUAAUAGCAACUACUCAGCCUGGGCUCAUGCAUCAGUGGAUCGAUCUGCAGUAAUCCUUGACCUUUGGACUUGUGAAACAGCUUUCUUAGAAAAUAAAUGCCAGCUUUUGAAUAGUUACUUUGAAGCAUAUCAACAUGCAUUAGAUUCAGAAGAAAGAUUUGCUUUGGCCCAAGUUGUAACAGACAUCAUGUACAGACGCCCUCGAUUUGAUUUCUAUCUUGGGUAUUUUGUGAACAUCUAUAAAGAUGAAUGUGCUUGCCUUGAGCUUCACCUACAGCUGGUGAGAGGUGUACUGAACAAACAGAUAGAUAACCAACGUGAAUAUAACCACAGGAUUUGGCGUGAUGGUCCCAAAGGUGGCACCUGUGAAUUUGGUUUCCCCCCAUAUAUAAUUGCGAAACAAUUAAUUGCUAUUAAUAACACCCCUUCGGCUUUGAAGAACAUUUAUUUGCUCGAGUUCCAUCCUUCCCUUGGCCUAGUAUCUUUAGUUCCUAAAGCUCUGGGUCAUAUACUCCAGGAGUUCCAGCAAAGCUGUAGGCCAAAGACAGCCAGGGAGGCAAUUAAUCUGGAAAAACAUGCACUUCAACUUGCCCUGGACACAUGGCUGACCAUGGAGCAGCCAGAGUCUUUCUAUGGCUCUCAAAUUCAGAAAGAUUUAUUCACAGACGUUCUGGUUGAAGAUCCUUGUCUUGUAAGAGAGAUUGCUAUGUCAGCACUGAAAUCAGCAGAAGAGGGAAAGCAGAAACAGGGGAAAGAAAAGCAAGCUUUUAUUCUGAACAUCUUCUCAAGGCUCCUUGAACUUCUAACCCUCCGCCAUCGAUUGAUAGAGGCAGCAGUAGAAAGUGCACAGCUGCAGAGACUCUACAAAGAAUUUGCAGGAGAAAUGGGCUUUGAUGAGUUCCAUUUAUACUUAAGGCCCGUGUACUUUGAAUUUGCAACUCACAAAGAGAAAGCAGACCAGCCCUCACCAAUAUUUGUUACUUCUCUUCUAGAGCAUCACGACAGUAGUGUGGAUAGAUAUAUUCCGUCCAGCUUAAUGUUAAACAUCCAUGAUAUUGACAAUCAAAUUGGAAAAUUUAGCUUUCAUACAAGAGACAGCAUUCUUCAGCUGUUACUGAAGUCCCAUGGACUAGAAAAUCUUCAGAUUGCUCUUGCCUGCCAAGUCACUCAUAAAAACACACUGCUUGUGGCUGUUCAACAGGCUGCAUUUUGCUGUAGACAGAGGGAGGAACAAAGACUUGGUUACCUAGUUCCUCCCAAGGUAAUGGGCAGUGGUGUAGAUCUGUGUAAAAGGAAAUGUGUGUCUUUAAUGUUUCAGGAAGGAGGUCUAAGUCUGAGGAGUCAGAGCACUUCAGCAAGUAGAAGUUCUAUGGUUGGAACUGAAACAGAAGACCAGUUUCUGGCCACAGCACCAUUGGUUUUACAUUCCAUACGACAUUUUGCAGCAGGACGCAGCAUUUUAAAAAGGCCUCGAGAAGCUUUUGUCUCAAUUCAGUUGGAGAAACAGGGUCCACGGGACAUGAUGCUGAACACGUUCAUUCAAAAGAAACAAACCCUGGGGACUAGAAUGCAAAAUCCUGAGGAAGUUGAAAAAGUCAAAAGAGAAGUUAUUGUUGAAUACUGCCAUAAGAUGAACCAUCGUAUAUCACAAUACUCUCUUCGAAGUCAGAUUAUUGCUUAUUACAACAGUUUAAAAUCUAUGCUAGAUGAUUUCCCCAGUGUGAGAGACAAAUACUUCAUGAUUGGGUUACCGCAAGAGAAGAAAGAAAAACAAGAAUUAAAAGAAAAGCCUGAAGAUGAUCCCAGGUCAUUCCAGACACGGCCUCGUGGUUUGCUGUCCACAGAUGGACGGUCCUUCUUGAAUCUGUGGUUCAUCCCUCACCCUUCUGAAAUCCUAUCUGUGUUUAAAAUGCUACCAGAGAAGACUGGCUUCAGAGCCCUGAGGCAGACACUGCAAAUUGUUGCAGCUUUUCACGACAUUAUUUCCUACAUUUUCAGCUUUGCACAGCUAGGAAAUGCAACAGGCUGCCUUGAUUAUGUGUGUCCUCCUGACCAUCUCACUGCAGAAUGGGGAGGGACUGAAUGGAUCGGAAUUGAGCUCCAAGACCUGCAGAAAAAAAUAGACCAUCUUCAUAGUCCCUCAGAUCCGAAGAAAGUGGCGCAGAUGCUGAGCAUGCAGAGAGAAGUCACACUUCUGCAAUUUGAGGCAGCUGUUAGACAUUCUGUGCGAGAAGCAUUUUUAUCAUCUGGAAAUGUUUCUGCCUACCAGAGCAUUACGGAUCACAUUUACCAUGGGUUGCCUCCCAUAAGUAACACCAUUGUUGGAAGUGCCUUUGCUUCCCAGCUCCGGCUUCCGCAGCCUCUAGAUCCACAUGGCCACAGAGCAGUGUUGUUGUUCCCAUGGAGAACAUUCCUAGCAAACACAGGUCCAUUUCCUGUUAUUAUCAGCAACCUAAACCCCAUAAAUUAUAAUAUGCAGCUAUGUCUGUGUGGACUGAAUGAUGAGGAUCGAAAAGUAGUCCAUGGGGAGCUGGUCGAGAUGCAGCUUGCAAUGGAGGAUGUACUCUGGAGUAAUUAUGAGGGUCUGAAUGGUCAUGGAGAACAGAGAGCAUCUUUUGGAAAGAAUUUGGCAAUGACAACUGAAGCAAGUGGAAAGACUUCAAAAGCACUGUUGGAGCUGCCUGAUUCAGUGGCUUCAAGUUCCUUGCAGAAAUCUUACCUGAUACUGUGGAAGCAACUGGAAAUUUUAAAAGCAGAAUGGGGAAGGCUUAAAUUAAAAGUUGAUGAUAUCAACACAGUUCCUCUAUACAAGCAAUUUACUGAACAAUACGGUACUGAAGUUCUGUAUCCUGCUAUGAGAACCAUGGCUAUACAUAUGGGUAUAGAAGAUGAACUUGAAGGAUUUGGAUUGACAUAUCACUCUAUUCUGCUCCCUAAAGACGCUUCAGAAACCGAGAUAAAAAAACACCAGCUGCAAAAACUCUUGGAAAGUCUAGAAAUACAUAUGAUCCGUGAUGUACAAAAGAAAGUUAACAAAGAAAUAACGCUGGUUAUAUCUGAAAAAACAAGAGAAGAAAGAAACCUCUCUACAGAGCUCUGGAAACAUCAUGGCAUGCAAGAAAUCUUCUCUGUCACAAGGCCAGAAAUUGUUGAAUCAUUUGUACAGAAGCUAAUGGAAAAUCACCAAGAAACUGAUGCAGAGAUAACCUUUCCAAAAGAUCACUUACAGAAAUGCUUCACUGCUUUGGGUUGUGAUGUCAUGGCCAGAGAACGCAGCAACUUUGAGACCUACUCCAUGUUUUAUGAAAAUUUACUCCGUCAGCAACAUCAGCUCCUCUAUCAAAAAGAACAAGAAAUGCAUGUUGUAGAAGACAAGCGAGGAAAUGCUGAGCUGGGUCUUAGUCAGGUAGCGGAGCUGAGUCAUGAGAUGAUUAUGGAAAUGAUGGCUCUGAGAGCUAGAAUUGCUGAUCUCCAAGGAGAAGCCCAUGGCCUCAGAGAUAAGAUCAGAAAAGAAGUGCAAGAAGAUUAUGAAGCAUUGGUGCAAAACAUAUUUAUGAUCUGUCUGCAACUAAAAGGAAGGGUGGAUGAAUAUCGUCUAAGCAUGAGCCAACGCAUGUUUGAGAUCAUCAGUGAGGUGAGAAGAGAAGGAGUGGACAAAAUGAUUGACUUGAAAAAAAAGUACGGCUCCACAAAAGAUAACAAGACACUCAAAGAACAUUUGGCUCAGCAGGGGCACCUGCAAGCACUACAGGAUGAAAACAACCAGUUGAGAGUUCUGCUAUGCAAACUGAAGGCGAUGAGCUGCUGGAAAGAAACAGUGCAAAAAGCACACUCAUCUGCCACAUUGAGAGAAAUGGAGAAGGAGGCCAUUCAAAACAAAAAAGAGUAUCUGAAAUCCAAGCUGAUGGCAGAACAAGAAGCGAUUAUAUUUCAGCAGCAGCUGCGGGCUGCAAGGAAAGCUUUGGCAGAGUCUCAGACUGAGAAUAAAAGGCUGAAGCAACAGCUAGACAAACAGGGACACUUGCUACAGGAAGUAGAACACAGGAUGAACCAAGAAGUUCACAGAAAGCAGCAACUAGAUCUAAUUAAGACAGCAAACUUGGAAAAAAUGCUGGAAAGCCUUGGAGAGAGAGAACUGAGAUUGCAGUGUCUAACAGAAGAAACUGAAAGAUCAUCCAAGAUAAGGCAGCUUCAGGGGGAAAAGGUUAAAAAAGAAAUCCAACAGGUAAGAAGUCAGCUGUCCCAGGAACGCAGUUUAAAACUGGAUGCUUUCCAGAGGAUAAAAGAGCUGCAGCAUCAGCUGUAUGACUCAGAAGUUGCAACAUCCCAGAGAAAUUCUUCUGCAGCUGUAAGAAGAAAGUCUGCUAAUACUUCACACAGUGCCAGCAGUAUAAAUCGCUCACUUUCAGGCUCUGCUUCAUGGAGCCAGAAUACAGGCAUUUCAACAUUCACGUUAACCAAGGACUUCAGGCAUCAGCUUUUGGUUGCUGACUCUGUGGGUAGCAGCAAUAUAAAACCAGAAAAGAUUCAGAGGCCCAAAACGGUACCUUGUGGCUGGAGAAAUAGCGUGAUAGAUGUUCUCUUGCCAGCUCUUACAGAAAACUCUAUGUCACCUGUGCAGUUUUGUGGACAGAAGACAUCUGAAAAAUAAGCUUCUACUGCUUCUUUGAAGAGUUACUUGCUGGUUUGAUUCCAUGAUAAAGUACAAAGCAGUCUUGCUUGAAAACUCUGGUCAUGCUCAAAAAUGGGAUGUUUGCUUAUAGUUAUCCAUAACUUUUAAUAAGCCACUUUCCCACCAGAUUCUCUAGUGCCAAAAAUCUGACGACGUGAGGUUAUUAACUGGAUGAAGCUAGCAGCAGAUUCAGCACAGGCAACUGAAAGCCUUUAUUCAAACAAAUAUAUAAGGAAUGCACUGUCACAAUAUUAUGUGUUUAUGGCAACAAGCUUAUUUGGUUGGCCAUGGUGCAUUUGCAUGACUUUGACCAAAUUCUGCAAAGCAAUUAUGUAGCUGAUUUGUGUUUUGUCAUACUAUGAAAUAAUUUUAUAAAGCUACAUCUGUAUACUUCCCAUUUUAUUUUUGUCUUUGACAAAGAGCUUUAAAUGAGAGAUCUGCUGGAUCACCCAACAAUCCUCACCACUUGAAAUUUACUUUGGCAAAUGGAGAGGCCAUGUACAACACACAUUGCUUUUUAUGGCCCAGAACAAGCUGGAUUUUUUUGGGAGGAGAAAAAGAUGGACAGACGAACAGAAACAGUUUAAUAAAUGAUUUAUUUUGGUUUUGUGA